UUUCCAGUUGCUGCUGCCUCUGCUGCUGCCGCCACUGAGGACAUCCAGGUCCAGCCUCUGGGAGCUAGCAAGAGACCACUCCUGCCCCUCCCCUCCCGGGCGGUGGCCCAGUCAUGCCAGCCCUGCCCCGAGGCCUCCUUCUGGGGCUCUGUGUCUUGGUCCUUCUGGAAACUGCCUUCACCCAGAACCCCAAAGAUUCUCGAUGUCGUCGUCGGUGUCCCCAGCAUGCUGCUUGUAUCAACGAGACCCACUGCACCUGUGAGGAUGGAUUUGCUUCUUCAAGUGGGGAGAUAUACUUCAAUGACCCUCUGGAGAUCUGUGACGAUGUUAAUGAAUGUGUGCCACCCAUUCACAUCAGUUGUGGUGCCCAUGCAGACUGUGUCAAUACAGAGGGAAGUUACUACUGCACCUGCAUCCCUGGAUAUGCACUUCCUUCUGGGGAGAAGAGGUUCCCAAAUGACACCAUGAACGACUGUCAAAAUGUUAAUGAAUGUGCACCACCCUUUAAUGUCUCUUGUGGUCAGAAUGCAGAAUGUGUCGAUAUACAUGAAAGUUACCACUGCACCUGUAACCCUGGAUAUGCGCUUCCUUCUGGAGAGAAGAAAUUCCCAAAUGCCACCAUGAACGACUGUCAAGACGUAGACGAAUGUCAGCGCAGCCCCUUAAUCUGUGAACCCCAUGGGCGCUGUAUAAAUCAGCGUGGAAGCUAUAUGUGCAAAUGCAAAUCGGGCUUUGCCAAAAGCAACAAGAACGAGAUUCAGGACUGCAUUGAUAAAAAUGAAUGUAAGAACAAAUCAUUCUGUGAACCAAAUGGAAUCUGUGAGAAUACAGUCGGAAGCUAUGUGUGCACAUGCAAACCAGGCUUUACUAAAAGCAGGGAGAACAAGUUUGAGUGCAUAGAUAUUAAUGAAUGUGCACCAUCCAUUAAUAUCUCUUGUGGUCAGAAUGCAGACUGUGUUAACACAGAGGGAAGUUACCACUGCACCUGUAAGCCUGGAUAUGUGCUUCCUUCUGGGGAGAAGACAUUCCCAAAUGCCACCAUGAAUAACUGUCAAGAGAUCUCCUUCCCCUCCUGGACACCCCCCUCCGGAGUCAGUCAGAACUUCCUCAACCAACUGAGAUUUAUCACCAGCAAAUUAAAAUAUGGCUCUGGCCAGGAAACAGUCAAGGAGUUCGUGAAGGAUAUAGAGAACCUUCUGAACACAUCCGCAGACCUGGAGCAUCUGCCUUUGGAGACUCGGCUUCAAGUGGCCACAUACUUGCUCUCUGGCUCUGAACAAAUCCUUCGGGCCAUUGCCCAGACCAUGCCCAAUGGGCCGCUGGUCUUUCCUUCUCCAAGGGGCGCAGAGCUAUCCUUGAACAUCAUGGAGAAACCAAAUGGGAGCGUUGAGGUGGGCAGAAGCCAUUCAAAGAUGAGGCUGAAUUGGAAUUUGGCUUGGAAACAUGGUGGCUCAGAAAAGGCUGUUGUGGGCCUGUUCUCCACUCAUGACAUGAAGAAACUGCUGGCCAGUGCCCCACUUGUCUUGGAGCCUGAAACCAAGGUUGCCCUGCAGCAAGUGUAUGAGGCCCCAGUGAGAGAGGGCAUUCCAGUUCUGCUCUCGGCUGUCAGCACAGCUUUCCUGAGUAACAAGGACACUGGACAUCUCAGCUCCCCGGUCACCUUUACCUUCUCCCACCCAAAUGAGUCCUGCGGGCCAAGGCAGGAAGUGAUCUGUGCCUUCUGGAAACAUGACAAUAACGGGAGUGGUCACUGGGCAACCACUGGCUGUAAGAAAUGGAGAAGCGGAGGGACCAGUACCACCUGCAACUGUACCCACCUCAGCAGCUUUGCCAUCCUCAUGGCCCAAUAUGAUGUGGAGGACUGGACUCUGUCAGUGAUCACCCAGGUGGGGCUGGGAGUGUCCCUGGUCUGCCUGCUCCUCUGCAUCCUCACUUUCCUGCUGUGCCGGUCCAUUCAAGGCUCCCGCACCACCAUCCACCUGCACCUCUGCCUCUGUCUCUUCGUCGGUUCCGCCGUCUUCCUGGCUGGCACUGCCAACCCUGGCCAAGGCCAGGUGGGGCUUCGCUGCCGCCUCGUGGCCGGCCUGCUGCACUACUGCUUCCUUGCUGCCUUCUGCUGGAUGUGCCUCGAGGGCCUGGAGCUCUACUUUCUGGUGGUGCGCGUGUUCCCGGGACCGGGCCUCCGCACACGCUGGCUCUGCCUGCUGGGCUACGGGACGCCCGCCUUCAUCGUGGCCAUCUCGGCUGCGGUCAACAGCCAGGGCUACGGCCGCCCCCGAUACUGUUGGCUGAGCCUGGAAAAUGGCUUCAUCUGGAGUUUCCUGGGGCCAGUUACACUCAUCAUUGCAUUCAACGCCAUCAUCUUUGUGAUCACCGUCUGGAAACUCACCCAGAAGUUCUCAGAGAUCAACCCUGACAUGAAGAAAUUGAAGAAAGCUAGGAUGCUGACAUUCACAGCCAUUGCCCAGCUCUGCAUCCUGGGCUGUACCUGGAUUUUUGGUCUGUUCCUGUUUGGCCCUCAGAGUCAUGUCCUGGCCUACAUUUUCACCAUCCUCAACUGCUUCCAGGGCUGCUUCCUCUUCCUGCUGCAUUGUCUUCUCAACAAGAAGGUUCGAGAGGAAUACCGGCGCUUGUCCUGCAUAGUCACCAAGAGCAAGUACAACGAAUUCUCCACCUCUACAACCAGCCAGAGCCGGGCCCUCAGACCUUCGUUGGAGUCUGGGAUGUGAACAGCACAAACGGGCCCCAUGGGGACACUGCAGCUUUUGCACAUGCCAAAGAAUGAUUCUGCCGCCUCUUUAUAACCCCUUUUGCCCACUACUCCUAAGGAGUUCAUCUGCCCUCCAAGGCAGGCCUCAUUGAAGGAACAUAAAGCUCUAGGGAUGCAGAGCUAGCCCUCAAGGGAACCAAAAUGUAGCUCAUGCUAUUCUGAGAGGGCAGAGAAAUUGCCCUGGCUCAGAAGCAUGCAACUUAUGAUUCCUUCCCAGUGGACCCAGCUCCCCAGAGAGGCUGCUCUCUGGGCUCAGCCUGGGCUUAUAUCCCCUCCCCCAGCUUUGGCACCAAAGGCCAGGACCACAGAACAUGAGAUGGAACUGGGCCCCACUUUCCUUUUUCUCACAUUAUUAGGGAAGGAGUGUGACACAGUGACUGAGGCAAACGGUACAUAGGGGCUUGUCUCCAUCCUUAUCUAUUGAUGAGGGGGCACAGGCAGCUCUGUCAGUGGACUUUUUUAUUUUAUAUUUAUCUUUUUUUAAAGCUUUCUAAGGUUGACAUUUCAGAUUAAACAGACUGAGUUAAUACAUUA